CAGAGAGCAAGCAACCAGCCACCAAAAAUCGGUCGAAGAAGCAGAGACUUGAGCUUUUGAGCAGCAAGUAGAGGAGAGCAGCGAUGCCGUUUGUGCCGGCGUGCGUGCAGUGCGGGACGCGGAGCAACCCGUGCCGGUGCAAGGUGGUCGGGCCGACGCUGGGGUUCGUGGCCUUCGUGGUCACCGGCGUGGUGGAGUGGCCGCUGGGCGCGGCGGUGUACCUGUUCCGCCGCCGCAAGGGACGCCGCAUCAUGGGACACCCGGCCAGGGUCGUCUACCCGCGCGUCACCACGGCCAUCCCCAUCUAAUCCUCAUCCUAAUGGCAUCCGUCAGCUUGUGUUCAUUGAUGGGAUUCAAUAAAAGGGCGGGGGUGUUGGUGUGUGCUUGUGUUGUAAGCUUGUAGUCUGUGCAAUUGGUCCGUGUAUUUUCGUUUUCCUACGGAAACGUGGUGUAUGUGUGUCAGUGUAUUUUUUUAAAGAAAACUUUCAAUCUAUUCAUCU